AUGUUUCGUCUCGUUGUCACACGUAUUAUAUCUACUGGUAGGAUACAAAUAAAAUCUUCAGAAUGUUUAUCAUCUUCAUCUCGUCAUUUUCUACGAAAUUCUACAUCUCAAUCGAAUGAACGUCCUGUUAUCUCGACAACUACAUCAAUUGAUAAAAACAAAAGUGAAGAGUCUAGUCAAACGAAUAAAUCAGUAUCUCUACCAAAGAUUUAUACUCGCAGAGGAGAUCGAGGUACAUCAGCUCUGUUAAGCUCUGGUCCAAAUCGUUUAUCAAAAGAUUCAAUAAUAUUCGAUGUACUUGGUACGAUUGAUGAACUAUCAGCAACAAUUGGUAUUGUUAUUUCAACUUGUCCUUUUCCUACAAUAUCAAAACAAUUAGAAAAUAUUCAAUGUUCUCUAUUUGAAAUUGGUUCAUGUGUAGCUGCUGAAAAUUGUUCAACUCGUUUUGUAUUUAAUGAUUCCACAUUAAUAAAAGAUUUAGAAGAAGAAAUUGAUAAAAUGACAGACGAAUUACCUCCAUUACGUAAUUUUAUUUUACCUGGUGGUUCUAGUAAAACAUCAUCGUCUCUACAUUUUUCAAGAGCAGUUUGUCGUAAAUGUGAACGUUUAUUAACAAAAUGGUUGAAUAAUCAAACUAAAGAACAGCAAGAAACAGUUAUGGGAAUUUAUUUAAAUAGACUUAGUGAUUAUUUAUUUACGCUAGGUCGAUAUAUUGCAUUUAAAGAAGGACAUAAAGAAAUAUUAUAUCGCAAAAGCAAAUAA